AUGAACCGACGUGCCCUGCUGUUUCAGUCGGUACGUGAGGGUCGCGGCCAGAUUGGCAUUCGCGAUCGUGAACAACUUAUACUGCAUCCCCGCUUACGUCGUGUGGAUGAUGGCGCUGCGUCUCACGAGACCCCUCUACGCCCCCCUCUAUUGGAAGAUAGAAGGCCUUAUGUACCACUGGCUGUUGGCGAUGGUGUCCCUCUGGACGUGGACAGCGGGAUAUGA